CACCGGCUUUAUUUUGACAAGGCUCGGUCUUCCAAUUUUUGCCGACUAAUUUUUCAAUUUUUGUGCUAGAAUAAGCCAUUGAAUCAUAAUUGAGAAUAUAUCUGCUGAAACGACUAAGUUCAGGGAAUCUAUCUGAGUACUUUUACAGAUUCACUGCCUUUGAUCUCAGGAUUCAUCGUUCAAUUGUGGAUACUUUUAAGACUAAGUUAGCUGUACUUAAUUGAUCAGCUGAUCAUAACAUAAUGACUCCAACGCCGACCGAAGUCCGUCAUCGGACAACACAACAUGACAAUCUCAUCUCCGAUAUUGACCAUCAUGAACGUGAAGAUCGAAAACUAGUCGGCAUUGACGGCAAAUGGUAUGACGUCACCAACUUCAUUCCUCAUCAUCCUGGCGGUCCAAUUCUUGAACAUUUCAUUGGUCAGGAUGCCACGUCCAUAUUCCAUGCUUACGGUCACAAGGACGUCGUCUUGAAACACCGUAAGCCUGUCGGAACGUAUCAAGUUCCUGUCCGGCACCCAGCUGAUGCAGAAAUCGUUCAACUGAUCGAAGAACACAAAAAGAAGGGCUACUAUACAACAGAAUUUUCCUACUACGUCAAGAAGGCUAUUUUCACAUUUACGUUAAUGGCGUCGUUCUUCACCUGCGUGUGUUGCUUUGAUUCGUGGCUAAUGCACAUGCUCGGUGCAGUUCUGUUGACAUUUUUUUGGCAACAAAGCGCCCUCAUUAUGCAUGACUUCAUGCACAGUCAAGUAUUCCGUAAUCGCUUGAAGGAUCGUUUCUUCGGCGUUAUGUUUGGGACCUCCUGCUUUGGGAUCAGCGCCCACUGGUGGAGAGAUGAACAUAUCCUACAUCAUGGGCUGACCAACACCGUCGAUGCAGUCAAACAGUGGGCCGACCCGCAAAUGUGGGAGUUGUCCUGGGCACAGAACACCAAACUUUUCCCACUCUUCAAGGGUAAACUGGCUUACUAUAUGAUCAAGAUUCAACACAUCACCUUCAUCCCAGCUGUUGUCUUGAUCGGACGCUAUGAAAUCAUGCUGGAUAGUUUCCGUCUUGAGCGCCGCUGGUACGAGUGGGUGGGCUGGGCGAUCCACUGGACCUGGAUGAUCACCCUGCUCUCGCACCUCCCAACCUGGGGUGAGGUUGCCACGUUCUACUUCAUCGCGGCGACGUUCGAAGGCUGGCUUCACUUCCAGUUGAUCCUCAGCCACUACUGUAAAAUGUUCGCAACGAUCGACGAGUUCCACUCAUCCAGCUGGUAUGUUGUGCAGAUCCUGACCAACUUGAACAUCAAGUCCCCCUGGUGGCAAGAUUGGUACUAUGGUGGACUCAACUAUCAUAUUGAACAUCAUCUGUUCCCGACCAUGUGCAGAAAGUUCUUGCGCACGGCCAGUGAGGAUGUUAUGCGCAUUUGCAAGAAACAUGAUAUAGAUUAUGAUAUGUGUUAUUUCCAGGAUGCCUUGGUUAAAACUCUUAAACACCUCAAGGUGGCCGGCUCUCAUUAUGACCUCAACUUUGCAAGAUAAUUGUUGAUCUGAACUUUACAGAGUGUAAAAAAAGCAAUGAUCAAAUUUUGCCUGCGGGUAAGCUGAUUUGCUAGUGAUGAUUUAAACUUAUAUUAAUUGUCUGGGCUUGCUAUGACAGUGGAUGGCAUCAUGAGAUCGUUGUUUUUGGUACGUCCUGUACUUAAACUUGUUGUCAUGUAAAAUGUGUAUAUUUGCUAAUUAUUGUAGUACCCAUAGUGUAGUUAAUGAUUUGAUUCUGGGCUUCAGCUGAAGCAGAAAACUAAGGAUAAGAAAGCUCCUACUUUUGGGGCAUAUCACCAUCAUAAUCAUCAAUCAAUCAAUCAAUGUUGGCAUUUGUAUAGCGCUCCAAUUACUCAGCGUGAGGGUAUUCUAGAGCGCUUUUUUCCCCAAAGACACCUGCAAAAAGGUGGGCCUUUAGGAGGGACUUGAAAGUCCUCAUCAUUGGGCAAUCCUCAUUAUCCUCAUCAUUGGGCAAUUGGUGUCAUCAUGAAGCUGGUAUACUUAUUGGUAUGAUUAUUUUAUGAUAUUGGAAACAAUUUGGUUCAGAAUUGUGUUACUCACUAGAUCUUUUAUUUUGUCAUUUUGUAAGAAGUGAUCUCUCACUAGUCUCACUAGAUAGGAGAAAUCAAAAAUUAUAGGAAUAAUCAAAAAAAGAUACUGUCACAAAAGCAACUUAGGCAGCUUUUAAUCUAGAUUGCUCGUCAGUUUUCUGACCAUUAAACGAGUUAAGAAUGCUAAUGACAUGAAGACGUAAUGAUGGCAUUCUGUUGUUUUACGUAUACUAAAGUCCUUUACAAUCAUAAGCUCCCUUGGAGGCAAUAGAAUUGAUGUUUGGUUUUUUUUGUGAUUUAUUUCAUCAAACGAAGUUAAAUGGAUUCAUCCAUUCAAUCAUUAUGAUAAUUGACAUAAACUGGUGGUUUUUCUUGCUGGGCAAGUGUUGUUUUGAAAAUAGCUCCAUGCUUGAGUUAUAAUGAUGUAUGAGACUUACAUCGCGCUAAUCAAACUGGUUUCAGACGCUCAGAGAGUCUCAUAUUUCCCCUUGCUAUUAGCCUGGACAUUCAUCAUUCACCCAGUCUCCACUCUUGAUCUCUGGGAGCAUUAGUACAGAUCCAACUGCAGCACUCCGGACUAGCAUCUCUUGGUUAGAGAGCAGGAAGUUGGUGACCAUGAAAGUGCCUUGCUCAAGCACACAAAGAUGAAACAGCAGUAAUCCUUUCUGGAGUCAAACCUGCCACCUCAACUGGUUAUGAGCCCGUCGCUCUAAGCACUAGGCCACUGAUCUCCCUUGUAAAUAGUUUUAGGUACUUAAAGGAAUCAAGGGGGUUCUCUUACACAUAGUUUAAAUGUAUAAAUCUGAUAAGUUUUGAAGUACACCGUCGGUAGCAUUUGAACAAUUUGCAUCUUUCAUACAUGUACUUCUACAUGAUAUGAUGAAUACAUUGAUUAUUCAAAAGUUUAAAAGUGAUCUCCUCCGGUGAAGUAAUCAUCAACAUCAUUGAUUAAACACUGCUGCAGUCAUGUAUAAAUGCGCCUAAACAAUCAAGUAUGCCUGUGUAUGGAAAUGUACAGACAUAUUUAUUUGGUGUCGCAAAUUGGGCCAGUACUGGUAUUUACAUAAGCUCUUGAGUCGUAUUUUAAUUUUUUAACCUUUUUUGUUCCUGAUAACUUUACAAAUGUAUAUAAAGUUUAUCUUGUUUAAGUUAAAAUAUUAUUAUAGUUGUAUGUAUCAGCAUAAUACACUGGCAUUCUGAGUUUAACUUAUAAGUAGGACUUCAUAUUCAUUGAAUUUAAUGUACAGUGGAACCCCCCUUAGCGGACACCUUUCUAUUAAGGACACUAGUUUUGGUCCCAAAUUAGUUGUUCCCAUUCGAGUUCACCUCUCCAAUCUGGACACCUCUCUAUUAUGGACAGCACUUGUAAGUCCCGAGGGUUUCCUUAAUAGAGAGGAUCUACUGUACAUGUACGUAUCUCCUUCAUGUAGCAUUCUCGCAACUGCCAGACGUUUCUGGCCAUCAUCAACUCUGAAUCUAGACCAUUUUGUUGCGUCCAGACUUCCUCCGUCCAGUGUGCUAGUGAAAGCAGUGUGUUGCCAUCAAGUGAUAAACGAUGGGGGACAUUGAAAAUGCCCGUGAUAAAAGAACAUGUGACACACAACAUGUAACUGGAAGUCGUUCGCAGCAAAAGCAUCACAUUUUUUUCUGUCUCGUCACGAAAUCAUAACAAAUGCAUGGUGUAUUUUUCGACGGUAACUUGUGUACUGAUAUGUUAACAAAGAUACUUAUAUUUCCAUCACUGAUAUGUUAACAAAGAUGUACUUAUAUUUGAUGUGAUUCAUCCAUUUUGAUGUAUGUUUGUAGUGAGUAGAGAUGCUUGCGUAUUAAUCCACUGUGUAUUAUCUCUCUUAACGCACGUCAUCAGCCUGUCAGGCCUUCACGCUUUAAUUUGGAUAUUGCAGCAUUUCCUUAGCGAGUUAGGACACAUGUUGAAAAUCUGGAUGAGUGUAUCAACUUUUGUUUUAAAAAAUUAUCUAUCAAGCACAAUGUCCAUCUCAUCUUUCUCACUGAAAUCUUUGGUAGACUCCCCUUCCAUCAAAAGAGGACAUCUGGACUCAUUUUGCCUCUUUACUGAUCAGUGACUCUGGGAUGCCUUUUCGUGCCCCAAAGUUUGCGCUUGUGCCCCCUCUCAGUGUCACUAAAAUAUUAGGCUCACAAAUAUAAAGGGGUUUUCAGUAUCUUGCCAGGUAUGUCAUACAUGUAGGUCCCCUUGUCCUCACUUGGACUUGAGAAGGCGUCCAAGUGUGUGUUAUCUUGGACAGGAUGUUCACAAUGGCAUAAGUACUUGACCUGAGUCCACUGAGUCCUGAAAAUGAAUUCGAGGAUGACGGGGACCUUAAACCUGAAGUUAAUAACGACAAUGACUUGUCCAGUACAGUGGUCGAUUUUGAUGCUUCAGGUCAAGUUGCCAAUCGGGCAAACUGGGCGUCCUUCAAAAACCAGUUGUCCUUUCAUUGUGUUUUUCAGGAAUAAGCAAAAUGAACCCGGCAGUACAUGUAGGUCCUACGUCCAGUGCUUAGCCAAUCUUUGCUUGAUCAGGCAGGUCAUUUGUCAUUGCUGAUGCCUAAAAUAAACAAAACAUUACUAUUGUACUGACAUAGGUGCACAAAAUCAAUUGAGCUAUUGAGGGUUGCACAGGCCUCAUAACAGACACUGCAAAUUUAUCUGGACUGAUUCAGUCAGCCGUUAACAGAUUCAGUCAGCCGUUAACAUAUUGUGGCUGCUGUGGCGAAAGUGAAAAUACAACCUUAGCAAUGCUCAAAGCUGAUUAGGAAUCAUUCUCUGCCAUUGCUACCAAAGGUCUUAUCCAGGCUGACAUUUUCUCCUCGGCUUAGCUUUAUAACUUGAAUGUGAUAUUUAUUGUAGAAGAGGCCCUGCCACAGUUGUUUGUUCUUAUGUACUUGUGACCAUAGUCACCAUUGUGAUGUUUACUUACAAGUAAAGGCAUGAGAACCGUGACUAUGACCUACAUGUGUCAUUUACCAUUCUCACUAUUCACCAGGCUGACCAUCAAUGAGUGAACACACAAAGAGAAAGCACGAGACAUGAAUUCAACCCAUGGCCAGUGAUAUAUUACCCUCGACACAUACAAUGUGUUAUGCAUUCUGAACUCAUUGAUCAGCAGAAGGAUGUUGUGCUAUCACAGGGAGAUAGUGACAUUAUGUCUAACAAAACAUUGGCGGGCAGACUACCUCGGUCCUCGGACGAGUACAGAGUUUAAGCGUUGCCAAAUCUCUAGUGAACGAGAAAAACACUGGGACUAAUGUAUGCAUGUCUUACUUUUGUUGUGGUUCAAUAAACGAGCCCGGGUAGGUUACUUGCCGACAGGGAAAAUAUUUACCUGUUUACCUAUUAUACAGUACAAUAUAUAGUGUUCUAAGAGCCAUUCUAUCUAAAUAACCAUGCUCUAGUAAUAAAUGCUUGUGGCGCUAAAUAAUAAAUCAAGAACUUUCUAUGAUUGUAGUGGCCACAACUUUUUAUCUUUAAAAUCUUUUGUAGGGUUCUUAAAAUUUACUGCCAUGUUAAACCAUAAAGGCUCUCUUUACACUAAAUACACACCGUCCCCAUACAAAGAGGGUCUGAAAAAUUGCGAUGUGACAUUUAUUUGUCCCUCCUAAUGUGUUUUCUGGGUUUUAAAAUGGUUAAAUAUGCUCUUUUGAAUAUCAUCAGACAUCAAGCUAGUCUCAUGAUCAGAUUAUGCCUGAGGAAGACUGAUUUUGGCGCAGAAGACUAAUGUCCUGCGCAAACACAAUGAAAUCACGGGAAAAUAAGUUCAAAUUGUGGAAAGCAGGGUGUGUCCCAUGUGAUGUAAUUGAGCAUCCUGAACCUCAUGGUCUCGUUUCUAGGCAAUAGAUGCAAAUAUCUUGGUGGUCAAGAUGGUAAUUGAGAGGCCUCACCAUGCUCCAUCCUGGCACAGUGGUUUCAAUAUACUCCCCCCUCCCACGAGGUAGGAGUAUCAAAACCCUGAAUCUCAGGAUGGACCAUACUCUGGCGUUCUUUGUAUGAAAGUGACACACUAAAUUUAGCUACUGUAUAA